CUGCAGCAGCCGGGAGAUAAAAGCUUUUCUCUCCCUCUGUCGGUGUCUGCCAGCGAAGGAUAAAGCGGAGGAGCAGAGCCAGUCGAGGGAGAGACCGAUCCAGGCUGCCUGCUGUCACUGGAGCUCCCGGCUUCCCCUGAUCAGCAGGCCUCAGACCACAAAUACACAGCAGGACAAGACACACUCGUGGACACGUAUGCAGAAAGAGCUCACACAGCUGACCGGGGGGACCGCCCAACCUGGCGGGCACUAAACAUACAUUCGUACUCCCUUUUGGACAGUUGCUCCAGCGUAUCAAUCGGAUCAGUCCAGCCAUGCUUGUCUGAGGGAGCCACAGUUUCAUUUUAACUGGAGACGCCCUGUGUUUCUUUUUUUUUUCCCUCUCCCCUCUUGUCUGUCUUUUAAGGGGACAUGGGCUGCGUACUCUUUUGUCCUAACCUCUGGCGCUGUGCUGUGUGAUGUUUGGGACUGCCCUUUACUGGAUGCUAUAUCCCUCUGGCUCUGUUCCAGGUGCAGUACACAUCUGCACAUGAACUAGGUCCGCUACUAGAUCUUGAUCUUUGCAAGACCUCACCUAAGCCGACAGAGGACCCACGUCUUCUUCAGCCUCAGAGUGCAAGCUCCACUUCCCACCCCACAUGCCUAAUUUCUAAUUAGACCUUGUGGAUUUGAGAAGCUAUUAAAAGGGAAAAAAAGGCACCCGAGAGGAGAAACAGUGAGAGGCUUUUUAGUUUUUUAGGGUAAGACCUGAUCUAAAUACCCCCCACCAUUACUCCUACAAACUGUGGAUGGUGUCAGGCUGUUGCAUCGUCGCACUGCACCACCUGAUGAAGGGGACGCUUGGCAGACUGACAGCAGGACACAGGAGGUUUAUGAUUGGAUAAUACUGAAGCACAAGUCAACUUUGAUCCUCGGGGAAUCUAACAUCAAGGUGGGGACAGUCUGUGCCCAGGAGCUGUCUGGGGAGCUCAAGGUGGAGUCUGCCUGUAUUUGUCUGCUUCCAGAUUUAGACAGAUGCUCUGCUGAGGCUAGCAGCUGCAUUUACAUUGGUCACCCCAGAUAAUCACUAGAAAAACUGCCAACUUUCCUGCCAAUCCUUUCAGUAGGAGAAAUUAAUGCCAGCAGUUUUGAAUCCUGACAUAUUGACAGCAGCAGCUCGAGGUGUAGAUGUGCAACAGACACAUGGCAGAAGGACUGACACAUCACGUGAGAAACCAGCUCAUUGAACAGCAUAAGUCGUGGGAGGAUGACGAGAGGCAUCGAGGCGGGAAGCUGAUGCUCUGAUUUGAGUAUUUAGCAAGCUGUCAGUGUAUUGGCUGAUUCUCCCUGCAAUCUGCACUGGCAUUGGCUGACUACACACUCUGUCCGCCACAACUAAUCUGGACAGUGCGCUGCCUCGACAGAAUGAGACACUGAGCGUGCCAUUACUACGAGGGAUAUCGACAGUAUCACCAUUAAUAAUGCUUCCGCUAGGAGCGAAUUGAUGGACGGGAUUCCCACUGAUCUUACUUCACUUAUCUUGCAUUGUAUCAACAUUACCAGGGAAGGAGAGGGCAUCAUUAAUUCAUGAGCUCAGAUAGAUACUAGAGCUCCUGGAUAACACCAGCACUUGUACCUGACAUUAAAUCUGUUUUUGGAUUGUUGAUGAUGGAAGUAUCGCGGUGAAACUGAAGCCGACGAAAGUGUUGUUUUUCUCACAUCAUCUCUAAUAUUCAGAAUCAUAACACUGAACUGAGAAGUGAGAUGAGACCCAGAAAUUCUGCCAUUCUUUUGCUUGUCACAUGCAGGUGCAUACAGUGUGUGAGGCCUCUGGAUUAUCACUAAUGGGCUGAGCAGCAGUGGACUGUACUAUAUUUUUCUCUCUCCAGCAACUCAUCAUCCUGCCUGACACGUUCCCUUACACCAGGUUACAGCUCACCUGCCAGAGGACCCGUGAUAAAUCAGACAUCUGACCCAAACUGAAUUUAUUUUCCUCCCUCGUGUGGCUCUGCUGACACAACUGUGUCCUCAUGUCCUUGACUCCAACCACAAGUCUUUUCAGAUUGAGAAAACAGGAAAAGUAAACCUGUGUCCUUAGAGAGUGUCUGGCGACUACACUGCCCGAGUCUGAGUCAGGUCAGGCGGAGGAAAGAUAAAGGACGUGGAGGUCCUUUGACACAACUGCCUGCCACGUGAUCGGACCAAUAAUUGCCUGAGGAAAAGACUGACUUUUCCCCUUCUUCCACCUUUAUUUUCAACGGGUUAAAUUUAAGACAGUGCCACAGAAAAUAAAGCAAAGUCUCCUUGUCUUAACUUGAAACUACCCUCAUAGGUCAGAUUAACGAGGGAGCCUUACAGUUCCUCUUUUUGUAAAGUGGAAUAAACCUAAAUGAGCAUCACUUUAGGUUCUCUUAUAAAAUAACUGCCUUUCGUUUUUUUCUACACUCUUCUUCAUCGACAUUGAAGUCAUGGGGAACUCCAUGGGCUGUGUUCGGCCUCCUCGGGAGGGAGAGCUUGGUGGAGCCCCCCCACUUUCACCAAAGAAGCGUCUGCGUUUCAGACGUAAGCACAAAGGCAAGAAGAGCAGGAAAGGCGAGGCAGAGCUAGAGGACAGUGAGCGGCAGAGAAGCCUCGAGCCUGAUGAAAAAGAGGAGGAGGAGGAUGAAGACGAGGAGGAAAAAGCUGCUGUCAGAGAAACAUUUGGUUCCGAUUUUAACAGCAGAGCUAGGACUCAAAUAACAGUGCCUGAUACACAUUAUUCCAAAACGAAUCCCCACAGCAAUACUCUUUCCCCUGGCUCUGUGAGCACCAGUGCUGGGGGGCUUUUGGGCAGCAUAAUACUUGAAGGGACCCCCAAACCCAGCCCAGCCUGGAAAGGGGUCUUCUGCUUUCCAGGGGAGGAAGACACCGUCAGUGCAAUCAUAGAUGUCUCCAGCAUCCCGAGCCAAACCACCAGUACCACCCCAGUCAACACAGCCCCAGCUCUGGGCAGCACCACUCCGGGCGGAGGGAGGGUCUAUCGUGUUAGGGAGAAAGUCCAAGGGGUCCUGGAGAAGCCUUGGAUACUCCGACAGAAGAAGGAGAAAAAAGACAAGGGCAGAGAGGAUAAAAAUGAAAGGGAGCAUGGAGGGGAAAAAGGUGGAGGAGAAGGGGCUGUAGAGAUGGUGAAGACGCCUUCAGACAGGCAGAGAAAAGGUGUGGUCCACAUCAAGGAGGUGGAUGGUAAACUCUGUGUGGUGAGGACGGUGUACCCCAGUGACUAUGGCUCUCCAGUGUGGAGGGGUGAAAGUGAUGGAGAGGUGGAGGUCCACAAAGAGCCUCCGACGCCAUCUCCAGUUACAGAAAAUAUUCUCAAGGUCCAACUGUCUGAGCAGGACCAAAGCAGAACCAAAAUAUCUGCAGGGGAUUUCCCCACGUCCUCAAGCUACUUGCAGAUUCAGGAGACGUCGGCUGUCAAAGGAUUUCGGUUGGACUCUCCAGCGUGUGCACAAGAGAGGGCGUCUCUUUUGGAGUCGGGCUAUGCCAGCGACCUGCCGCUGACCUCUCCGGAAACAGCGGGCACCACUCCCAGUCAGACAGACUGGGGAGGGCUGACCAGCAGCUCGUCCGAGAGGCUGGACUCCAUGAUUGAGAGCCCGCUGUCCGUACAGCAUCAGGCGACUAGGAAAUGCCUGCCACAGAUUUCAGAAAUCUACGUGUGCGGCGAGUCAGCUGACCUCACAGCCAAAGAGAAGCUGCUGUUAUGGAGCCAGCAGGCGAUAGAAGGCUACCCCGGCCUCCGCUGUGUCAACUUCACCUCAUCGUGGAGCGACGGACGCAUGUUCAACGCUCUGCUGCACAGAUACAGGCCCGACCUGAUCGACAUGGAGGUGGUGUCACGGCAGAGUAACCGUGAGAACCUGGAGCAGGCCUUCGAGAUCGCUGAGUCGUUAGGGGUGACCAGACUGCUGGACGCUGAGGACGUUGAUGUUCCCUCUCCAGACGAGAAGUCAGUCAUCACUUACGUCUCCUCAAUCUACGAUGCCUUCCCUAAAAUCCCUGAGGGUGGAGAGGGCAUCGGCGCACACGAGGUGGAUCAGCGCUGGUCGGAGUACCAGUCCAGGUUCUCGUCUCUGCUCCAGUGGAGCCGCCAGCAUACGGCCCUCAUGGCCAACAAGAACUUCCCACAAAACCCCGUAGAACUCAAGGCACUUUACAAUGAGUACGUCCAUUUCAAAGAGACGGAGAUCCCCGCGAAGGAGAUCGAGAAAGGUCACAUCGAACACCUCUACAAACUGCUGGAGGUGUGGAUAGAGUUUGGUCGUAUUAAGCUUCCUCAGGGCCUUCAUCCCAAUGACCUGGAGGAGGAUUGGGGUAAACUCAUCCUGGAGAUGCUGGAGAGAGAAAAGGUUCUCCGGCCAGCUGUGGAAAGGCUAGACCUGCUGCUCCAGAGAGCCAAUAAGAUCCAGAACAUGUCUCUGGACUGCGAGGAGAAACUCACACUCGCUAAGAACACACUCCAGGCUGACUUGUCUCGAGCGGAGAGCGGCGAGGGCGUGCAGUGUGAGAGAGAGCUGGCCUGUUACCUGCAGGACUGCGAGUCUCUGAUUCAACAACUCUACCAGGAGCUCAAAAUCCUCAGAGAAGAGAAAUACUACCAGGUGGAGCAGCUGGUGUUCAGAGUUUCCCGCCUACAAGAGGAGCUGGUCUCCCUCAGACUGCAGUGCUCCAGCGUCUACAGGAAAGGCCACUUCUCUCAGGCCCUGGGCACCACGGGGACAGAGCACACCAGCCAGAGACCCGCUGAUACGGGCCUGUCUCUGGGUCAGACGCUGCUGGGAGCUGUGGGAGCGGUCGGAGCCGCACUCCUGCGGCGGCCGAUGGCUCGGUCCCAGCUGGUGGCCAUGUCUUCAUCAGAGGACGAAGGAAGCCUGAGGUUCAUCUACGAGCUGCUCGGAUGGGUGGAGGAGACGCAGGAGCUGUUGGAGCGCGCCGAGUGGGGGGCAGACCUCACCUCUGUAGAAAAAAACCUCGACGAGCACAACAACAUACACACUGCGAUUGAAGAGCUGAUGAACAGCCUGCAGGAGGCACGCAGCUACGAGGCUAAAGUCUCUCCCAACUUCAAGAGCAGUUACUCUGAGACGCUGGCCAAGCUGGAGAACCAAUACUGCAAACUACUGGAACAUUCGUCAUGGCGCCUGCGGAGCUUGGAGAGCCUGCACAUGUUUGUGUCGCAAUGCACUGACGAGCUGAUCUGGCUCAACGAGAGGGAGGAGGAGGAGAUCGCCUACGACUGGAGCGACAACAACACCAACAUGAACGCAAAGAAAGAAUUAUACAGUGAAAUGAGGUUAGAGCUGGAUGAAAAACGAGAUGUGAUGCGGUCACUCCAGGAAACGGCCAGCCGUCUGUGUCAGGAGAACCAUCCUGCCAAGCAGACCGUGGAGGCUUACAGUGCAGCCCUGCAGACCCAGUGGCAGUGGGUGGACCAGCUCUGCUUGUGUGUGGAGCAGCAUCUCAAAGACAACACGGCGUACUUCCAGUUCAUGAGUGACACCCGGGACUGUGAGUCAUACCUCCGCCAGCUCCAGGAAACCAUCAAGAGACAGUACACCUGUGAUAAGAACAGCAGGCUCAGCAAACUGGAAGACCUGCUGCAGGACUCAAUGGAGGAGAAAGAGCAGCUCAUUGAGUAUCGGAGUACAGUAGCUAGCCUGGUGGGCCGGGCCAAGACGGUGGUGCAGCUGCGCCCCCGCAGUGCAGAGAGCACUCUGGGAACUACAACACCCAUCAAAGCCGUCUGUGACUACAAGCAGAUCGAGACAAACGUUCAGAUCACGAUAAGCCGAGGAGAGGAGUGUGUGCUGCAGGACAACUCUCAGAGGACCAAGUGGAAAGUGAUCAGUCCGACGGGGAACGAAGCCAUGGUCCCGUCGGUGUGUUUCACCGUCCCGCCUCCAAACCAGGAGGCCAUCGACACAGCCAGCAGAGCUGAGCAGCUGUACCAGAAGGUCAUGUCCCUGUGGCAUCAGCUCCAUGUGAACAUGAAGAGUGUGGUAUCGUGGCACUACCUGCUCAAAGACAUCAAGACUGUAUCUGGGUGGAACUUGGACACGGUUCGGAGUCAGUCUCCAUCAGAUCGGGAGCACGUCCUCGAUCACCUGGAGUCCCAGCUGGCCGACUUUCUGUCAGACAGCAAAGAGAGCUCGCUGUUCACGCCGGCCGAAAGACGAGAGCUCGAGAAGGAUGUUCAGCAGGCCCAGCAACACUGCCAGGACCUGCUGCUCAACAUGGAGACCGUGGAGAAGGAUGAGUCAGUCUCUCGGUCGUACCAGUCAGAGCUGCAGAACAUCACCCUUUGUAUUAACGAGGCUGAGCAGAGACUGAUGAGGAGUAUUGAGACUCCACCUCCCAUCCUGUUGUCAGGUGAUGGUGCUGACAACACGGUCCAGAUUAGAGAGCAGGAGAAGCUGCAGUCUGAGCUGGACAACCUGCGCUCCAGUUUGGGUGACGUGUCUCAUCGCUGCGUUAAGUUCUUCGAGGAGAAGCCGACGUCGUCCAGCGUUCCUGUCCUCCGGUCGGAGCUCAAUCACGCUGUGGAGAAGAUAGACAAACUGCACAACCUCUCAGCUGUCUACCUUGAAAAGUUAAAAACAGUGGAUGUCCUGAUCCGUAGCCUGGAUGAAGCAGAGAGCCAAGUCAGGAAGUACGAGAGCAGACUAAGUGAGGAAGACAUAGUUCCUGCUGACACAGCAGCCAUUCAGAACCUCAGAGAUCAACUGGGGAAGUGGCAGGCUGAGCUUGGUGAGCAGGAAGGCGUCUUCCAGUCUCUGCAGGUGGAGGUACGUCAGGCCAAAGAGGCGGGGUCUAAGCUCAACAGGCUCCACCCGGACCGCAGCCCUGAGCUCGAGCGCUACCAGGACAAAGCCAAUCAGAUAACAGAAAGAUGGAGUGGAAUCAAAAGACAGAUGGAGACACGACGAGCGGAUCUUGAAGCUCUGGGCUCCUCCCUGCAGCAGUACAGAGACGGCCACUCCGCUUUGGUCAAAUGGAUCGAAGAGACGACGGAGAGACAAGAAAACACACAGCCGGGACAGAUGGACAGCAAAGCGCUGUCGGAACAACUGGCCCAGCAGACUGCCUUGGUAGCUGAGAUUGAACAGAAUCAGACCAAACUAGACGAGUGCCAGACUCACUCCAAACAAUACUGUGCCUCAGUGAAGGAUUAUGAACUACAGCUGAUGACAUUCAGAGCCUUUGUAGAGUCGAUGCACAAAUCACCUGUCAAGAGGAGAAGGUUGCACUCUUCCUCUGACGCUAUCACUCAGGAGUUCAUGGACUUGCGCACACGCUACACAGCCUUAGUGACCUUAACAACCCAGCAUGUGAAGUACAUCAGCGAUGCUCUGAGAAGACUGGAGGAGGAGGAGAAAGAGGUGGAGGAGGAGAAACAGGCCAGGGUGGGGCAGGUUUCAGACCUUCUGGGCUGGGUCAAAGGCCUCCAGGGACGCGCUGGUGGCCCCAACGCCGAGUCUUCUCUGGCUGCUCAACAGGCCAUCAAUGAACAGCUAGCAGCCAAGAAAGAUCAGGUGGCUGAAGCUAUAAGGAGCACACAGGUCUUCCUUCUGUCGAAACAGGCCAGCAAGUUGUCCCCAGAGGAGCGCGCUCACGUGGAGGCUCAGCUGGACGAGCUGAAGACCACCUACAACCAGCUGUGCGACAGCUCCACCCAACAGCUGCAGCAGCUGGAGCAGCAACUGGCCAAAGAGGAGGAAAGAAAGAAUGAGAUUGCCAUUGCUGGAGUGAUUGACCUGGGUACAGUGGAAACAUUCCCAGUAUUCCGAGCAGCUCAACGUGGUCUUAUUGACCAGGACACCUGCCAUGUUCUGCUAGAGACCCAGCUCAUUAUGGGUGGGCUCCUUCAACCUGACUCUCCUGUCAAACUUUCACUGGAGCAAGCUCUAACUCGAGGCCUAAUUGACAGCCAUACCAGACAGUCCCUGUCUGAGCUUGAGAGCGCCUUGUAUUUGGUGGAAAAUGCCAAGACUGUGAGUGAUGAACAACAAGACAAUGCCUUGCCUGUAGUUAGAGCCAUGGAGACCGGGCUAAUCAGAGAGGAAGUGGGACUUCGCAUACUCCAACUCCAGAUGAACACUGGAGGAUUGAGACAUUCAACUGGAAAAAUGUUGAGUUUGGAGCAAGCAGAAGACAAGAGACUUUUGUCUCCCAGAAUUAUUACCAAGCUCCAGUCGAGACUACAACACAGAGAGCUGAUCGAUCCAAACACAGCUGAAAAAGUAAAUCUCUGUGAGCUGCAGCUCCAGUGUGUUCUCGAUGAUGAUUCAGGUCUUCUUCUCUUCCCUGUUAAGCAGCAGCCUGGAGGAACAGUUUGCCUCCGUUCUGGAAGAAAAGUCGGUAUUUUCCGUGCUGUGCAGGAGGGACUGAUUGAUCGGAAAGUUACUGUACGACUUCUCGAAGCUCAGCUUUUUGCCGGUGGCAUUGCAGACCCACGAUCUGGCCAUCGACUGACAGUAGAUGAAGCUGUUCGCCAUGGGCUUAUGGACCAGGAUCUAGCCUGUGCCAUGUUAGCACGUCAACUGCAAAAUGGGGGUAUUCUAGACCCUUUCAGUGGAGAGCGCCUGGACUUAGAAGAGAGUAUUCGCAGGGACCUUCUCUCCCCUCGUUUGGCUCUGUUGGUCCUUGAGUCUCUCUGGACUUUUAUGGGCUUGCUCUGGCCUGAAAAUGGAGAGGUUGUACCCAUUGCUGAGGCUGUUCAACAAGGUGUGAUCUCAGGCGAUCUAGCAAGGAGCACACUGAGACAACGACAUGCCAUUGGGGCUUUGUACAACCCAGAAACUCUUCAGGUGCUGCCCCUGAACAGCACUGCUGAAAAUGAAUUAGAUCCCAGUGCGGUCAGUUUUCUCAAAGAAAUCCACAUACCAGAUGUUCUUUCCAACAUGAACCAGUCAGGUAACCCAUCUCUAAACCGCCAUAGCUGGGGUUCCACUAGCUCCUCCUCUCCUCCAUCCUCUCCACUGCCUCCAUCAUCUCCCACAGGCCUUGUGUGGGAAACUACAUCAACUAAUGGGAAGGAUCCUGAAGAACAAGCCAAACACAAGCUGCUGUUUCACCUCAUGACUCACAGCUAUGUAGAUGCUCAUUCUGGAAAGCGCCUCGUGCUGCUUGACCCUGAGCUAAUGGUAAUGAUCAAGGACGCUGACAUGGUUGCUGGAGAAUCUGCUCAUCGGGUUGAGCCGCUAAGCAGUAUGGCUACAGAUAAGCUGGAUAAACUGGAAAUGGGGGAAAAGAUUAGUUUGGCAGGUAAUGGAGUGAGUGAAGGUGAUGACGACAGUUCCAGUUUAGUCACACCAAGUAAGGAUUUUGAGAUUAAAGAUAGAAGUGGUCUAGAAGAAAUGCAUGAUGGGGAAGGAGACAACAAAUCACUGCAGCAACCAUCAGAACCCAUAGAAGAAGAUUUAGCCAUUUCAGCUAAAUAUGAAAUUGGUGGUGAUAAAAGUGAAAAGGUAGAUGAACAAAAGAAAGAAAUGACCAGUUGGGACAGUUUAGCUUCAGCUAAAUACCUCAACGAUGAAAUAACAAAGAGCCCAAAUGAAAUAAUACAAGCUGAAUACCAACCCAUGGAUAGUCCUGUGCGAGACAGUGGAAGUACAACUGCAACAGAAGUUAUUGAAAUGGCCACAGCGCCACUCAAAUCAGAGGACAAUGUUGAAAGGAAGACAUUCAAAGAGCUCAUCCCAGAGGAAAAACCAAAUGAAGAUGUUAAAUUAACAGCAUCUCAAGAAAGAAAAGAUAUAAAACAUUCCCAGGCUGAAUCAGAAAUUAUAAAACAAAGUGUGACUGUAAAAAAGACCGACUCAAAGCAAGCUAAACCACAAGUUGAUAUCUCUGAAGCAGUAGCAGAGAAGCAAGAAGAGGAUGCUGAACUGGAGAGGAUGGUCAUGCAGCUCAAACAGGGAGGUCUAAUGACAGAAGAAGGGGAAAAGCUGCUGCCAGAUGAGGCAGUAGCCCAGGGUGUCCUCCCUGGCCAUACAGCUGUUAAAUUAAUGGCUCAAGCCGGUUUGUUUGGGGGCUUCUUAGAUGCCAGCAGUGGGGAGUCACUUAGCAUGGAGGAAGUUAUGCAGGAGGGUUUACUAGAUGAAGAUCUAAUGUGGGGUGUCCUAAAGUCAGAUAAAACUCUUGCAGGGGUUGUUGAUGUGGAGAAAAGGCAGAUCUGUGGGGUGAGGGAGGCAGCUCAGGCAGGGUUGAUUGAUCCCAACACAGCCUCUCGACUUCUGGAAGCCCAGGUGGCAUCUGGGGGGAUUGUUGACCUGCGAAGGGAUAAGAAAGUCUCUGUGACUCUAGCAGCAAACCUGGGGCUGAUUGAGGACGUUCAUAGAGAAGAACUUGUAGCACUGGAGAAGGCAUGCAAGGGAAAGGAUGCAGAUUCCUCAGCAUUCCUCAAGAAAGCCAGUUUGCAGCUUCAGAUGGAAGGUGUUCUCGACCCAGAGUCCAAGUCUCCAGUUCCUAUAGAACAAGCUAUUCACAAAGGCUUAGUUAGACCAGAGGAGGCUUAUCAGGUCUUGGCUAGGCAAGUGGCUGAAGGUGGUAUAAUUCACCAUCCUUCAGGCAUGAGGCUUCCAGUUUCUGAUGCUGUUGAUAGAGGACUAGUAGAUCGGUCCGUUGCUCCUGGGUUAGAGGAACUUGAGUGGGUCUACCAAGGAAAAGUCAGUCCUUCACAUCGCCCAGAAGCUUUUGUUUUCCAAGCAUCAACCGGAGCUAUUUCAGACCCUGACACUGGAAUCAAACUUACUUUGACAGAGGCAGUUUCUAAGGGUCUUCUAGAUGAGAACAAAGCCAGUGAAGUCAUGGCUUCUCCCACAGUAACUCAGGGAGUGCUUGACCCCCAAACAGCACGCAUUGUACCCUAUUCAGAACUUGUAAACCAGGGUAAGAUAGAUAUUGAAACAGGUAAACGCUUCUUGGAGGUGAAACCAUUCCGUGGUGUUCAGGAUAAGCAAUCAAAGGAAACACUGACCCUUCCCGAAGCAGUUGCAUUAAAGAAAGUUGAUCCAGCUCCAGCACUGAGACUUCUCCAAAGCCAGGCAGACAGCGGUGGGAUCAUUGAUAUCAGAACUGGAGAAAGGCUGUCGCUGCCUGAAGCUUCUAAGAGGGGUUUAGUUGGAGAUGAUAUGGUCACAGAAAUAGCUACAAACCAGUUUUUGAAAGGAGGCUUAGUUGAUCCUUCAACUGGACAACGAGUCGCCAGUCUCAAUGAUGCAACUGCUUUAGGACUGAUAUCUAACAAUGUGGCAUUGGAGAUUCAGGAGAAAGUGAUGUCAGUAGAGACCGAGGGUGGUGAAGAAAGCUCUACACCCGUUGCCUCAUCAGAUAGUACAUACAGCCCUGCUAUCAUAUUGUCAGACAGUCCAGCAAACUGGUCUGAUGUUAACGCUGAGGAGCCCAUGAAAUCUCCACCUUCAAAGAGAGAAGCGGUGCAAGAUGAAGAGAAGACACUGACAUCUGUACUAUCAGAUCAGUUGAAGUUGUAUGACACGAUUGCAGAUAAGGAUAAAGUGGACAAACCUGAGUCAGGGGAAGAAAAGACUUCAAGGCAGCCGGACGAGUCCAUGGACAUCUUAUUUAAGUUUGCAACUAAUGUUGAGAAAAGAAUCCAGCAAGCCAUAAAAGAAAUUGAACCACAGAAAGACACCACUAAAUCACAGAGUCCUCCUGAACAGGAGGCAGAUGAGAGACUGCAAAUAAAUGAUGAACAAAGGAAAAGCAUUAUCAGAGAUUCUGUAGGAGAAGUCAAGCCGACACAAAUCUAUCAUGCUGACAAAGAUUUACAGGAAAAGGAUAGAACAGGUGUCAAUGGGGAACCUGUGCAGGGUGGGGAAAAAGAGCGUGUUUCUGAGGAUGGAAGAUUGAAGCCUAAGACGACGAGUCCUGUGGCAGUAAUGGUUAUAGAUGACAAGGAAAGCAAAGAGGGUGAUGAAGGGUCAAAUAUGGACGAAGAGGAAUCUAGAAAGGAUGAUGUGGCAGUGCAGAAAGAUGAUGGCAUAAGAGAGAAGGUCCAAGUGGUGGAGAAAGAGAAGCCCUUAAAGGUUGAAGAUUUAGAGAUCAAAACCAGCACUCGUUCUGAAGAGUCAGCACAGUUGUUGACAUCUGCUUCCAAAGAGUCAGAAAACAAAAGCAAAAAGAAGAGGAAAAGUAAAAAGAAGGGAAAAGGUAAAGAGGCAGAGAGUGAAACACACCCUUCAGAGAUAAAGCAUGCAUCUCAAAUCUAUCAAACUGAGGAGGAGAUGGAAGGAAAGUCUGGAGCUGUUAAUGCGACUACAGUUGAGCUUGUGUCACAAGACGUAGACAUGAAAUCACAGAUUCAUGGUCAGGGAGCUUCUGAAGGGCCAAUCGAAGGCAUGAGGACUGAUGAGAAAUUUGAGGUUGAGAGUAAUUUGGUGAAACAGGGACAGAAAGAAGCCUUAAAAGUAAUCGCUGAACCAGAGAAAGAGGCAAAUAAAAUAUUAACAGCUACAGGAAAGGCUGAUAAGAGAGAGGAGAUGAAAGGGAAGCCUGAAGAAAAGGAUUCUGUCGCUCAGCAACCAGAAAAACCAGAGAGCAUUCAGGAGGUGAAGGAAAGGAAAGAGCAUGAGCUGCCUCAGAAAUCCCUUCUACCAGACACAGAGAAAGCGGCCUUGAUCCUGAAGGCCAAAGAGAGUAUUCUUAAAAAGGUGUUUGAAAAAGGUGUGAGUGAGAAACAGGCUGCUGAGGAGCUGCAGGCGCUGCGCAAGGAGGUGGGGAAGAAGGAGGGUAAAGGUAUAACUGUUAGUGAUGUAAAGGCACAAACUCGGCACGCUAAGGAGGAUGGAGUGGAGAGUCGAGCUGUAAAAGAAGACACUGUCAAGACAUCCGAUGGUUUAUGUGAAGAAAGUAAAGAAGAGAUGAGUGUCAAGGUGGACAAAAUGAAACUGAGAGAAGUCAAAGAAAAUCUGCCUGUGGAGAAACCGUUGGUCGAGGAGACCACGGAGGCUGAACCGCUGGAGGUUUCUUCAAAUGAAAAAGAAAAGGAUGCAAGUUUUGGAAUGGAAGAGACACAAAAAGAUAUUAAGACAGCUGCAUUGGUCCAAUCUAAAGAAACUCGGCCUAGUAAACAAAGCAAGAAGAGCAAAAAAUCCAAGAGGCUGAAAGUGGCUGAAAAAGCUGAGCCUGAUACUGAGAAGGCACUGAGCAAGGAAAAAGUGGAAGAGACUACAACAGAAAUUACCCCAAAAUCCACUCUGGAAAGAACAGAUUUGGAAAGCUCAGGUUUGAUUCAGGAGCAGAAGGUAGAUGCUGAGAGUCGGUCACCAACGGGGGAUAUCCUCUCACCUUCGGCUGGUGAAGGGACAGUUGAGGUGGAGACCCCUGAAAUUAUUAUUCCAACAGUUGAGACUCUUGAACAAACUUCACCCCAUUUGUAUCAACCACAGAGGCCCAGUUAUCACGUACAGGACAUCGUACAAGCGGAAGAGAUCAGUGGCGGGAAAGACCAAUCCCAUUCAGGCACUGGAGGUGUGAUCGAAUCCUCUGACCUUUAUCACGAUGAACACAAAUUGGAGACCACAGCGCUGUCCGCUGCUCUGUCCCCAGCUCAGUCCACAGCUCAGGCCACACCUGUAUCCCAAGCUCAGUCCACAGCUGUAUCCACAGCUCAGCCCACAGCUUCUGAUCCACAGCCUGAUAAAACAGCUGGCAAAGGCAGAAAGAAGAAAAAGCACCAACCAGUUAAAGAAGAAGGCACCGAUCCUGCAUCAGAAUCUUUAAAACACCAACAGCAACAUCUUGAAUCUUCAGAAACGCCAGCUUUGCUCUCAGAAGAUGCUGCAGCUGAGUCUGAAUCAGCUGUAGUCCCACAGUCUGAGACCACCACUGAGACCUGGGCAGAGGAUGACGCCAGCGAGAGUCCCCAACAGGUGUCAAAGAAGGAGGAAACAUCAUCUGUGACUGGCAAGUCAUCAUUGAUGCGUCAGGAAUGCUUGGAGCACGACCAGCGAAUGGUAGCCCUGCUCUCCAUGGUUAGACACAUCGAGGUCCAACUGAAACAGCAGCAGCAGCAGUCUGUUGGUCGCAGCCUCAUCACAUUGGAGGACAUCAUCAGACAGACUGAGACUCUGGACCUUGAACUGCGCGACAUGGAGCCUGAGAUCAACAAAGAGGCGGAGGCGGCUGAGCGACUACUGAACCCCCAACCGAAAAAUGUUCCUUCUCAACUCCUAUUGGCCCUGGAAAAGGAUGGGCGGAGCUUGGCUCGAGGAUACGAGGCUGCCAGGGCUCUUUCUGAGGGCAUUCUGCAAAGUCUACGAGACCACAGAGACUCUUAUAAGGAUGCAGUCACAGCUGAGCAGAAGUCACUGGGACAACAUGUGGAGAGCUUGCUCUCUUGGCUGACAGAGACAGAGACUCAGAUGGAGAAAGAGAAGAAAAAUGACGGUUCAGAUCAGCUCACGCAGCAGCUGACUCUUUGCAAGGAGCUCCAGUCCUCUCUGAUGGCUCGCUCUAGCGAGGUCAACAACGUAGUGUUUGACAUUCAGGUGUUCAUCUCAGAGCGGGCACAGGACCUGGCCCCUGAGCAAAGCAGGCAUCUUCUGGGGCAGCUUCAGCAGCUGCAGAAGGCCUUCCACAGAGCGUCCGGUCAAGCCCAGGCCUGGGCCGACGCCCUCUCAGCCCAGAGAGACAGGGAAGAGGAGCGGCAGCGCAAAGAGAGGGAGAAAGAAGAAGAGAAGGAGAAAGAGAGGCAGAGUGCGAGGGAGAGAGAGGUGGUUCAGCAGCAGAAAGCCGAGUGCACUCAGAAACUGGAAGGCCUCAGCAUGUGGUUGGCUGGAGCUGCCAGCCUGCUGGCCAGUCAGAGACCGGGAGCAGAGUCAGGUGAUGUGGACAUCCUGCAGGAAAAGCAGAGGAAACUAAAGGAAGUCCAGAAAGACCUCCACACUAAAGGCGAGGGCAUAGCUGAGGCCAUCAGGUCUGUGGAGGAGCUCCUGUCAGAGCGAGGAGAAACCCUGAGCCCAGAGGAGAGGGAGAACCUCCAGGCGGCGCUAACAAGGAUGAAGGAGCAGUACAGUGCUCUGACAGAUUCAGCCAACGCCACGCUGUCCGAGCUCGACACGGCCAUUAACAACACUGUGCAGCAGAACACACAAAGGGCUAAAGCAGUGGAGGAACUACAGGAGACCCGAACCCAUAUAGACUCCCUCCUGAAUGAACUGUCCACCCUUAACCAACCUGGAAAGACUCUAGCUGGAUCUUCAGCAGCCCAGGAUGUUAUUGAUUCACCUUUUUCACCACCAGAGGGCGCUGUGAUGUCACAUACUGAGAUGCUACAGGCGGAGCUUCAGCAGCUCCAGGCUCAGCAGGCACAGCUGCUGCAGAUCACCCAGUCAACUCGGUCCCUUUUGGAGCAGCCCGACACAACAGUUCCUCCUGAAGAGAAGCAGCGACUCAGGGCUGCCCUGGACCAGCUGCAGGCUCAGCACCAGGACAAACUGCAGAGCUGCCAGGACCGUCUGAGGAAGUCUGAGGCUCUGAAAGAUGAGCUGACAAAAUUCCUCCAGGAACAUGGAAGUUUGGGUACCUGGCUGGAACAAAGUGAAAAGGACCUUCGUUCUCUCGGCGAAGGAGAAACAGAUGCACAAGGACUUAAGGGCAGGCUGGACGAGCACAGAAAGCUUGCUGAAGAUGUGAUUUGCCACAAGGCGGACCUGCGCUUCGUUUCCAUCUCGGGUCAGAAAGUUCUGGACUCUGUUCAGGGAGCUCUGGAGCAAGUUGGUGGUUCAGAUGCAUCUCUGGAGAGCACCAAGCAGCUGGUAACUGACAAGCUACAGGAUGCCAACCACAGAUACACCUCUCUACACACCAAGUCAACAGAGCUGGGCAGCCGUUUGUCCGGCCUGUUGGAGAGAUACCAGCAGUACCAGGAUGAGGUCGUCUCCCUCCACUCCUGGCUCAGCACUCAGGAACAGAGCCAAAGCAUAGCGAAGGCCAGCGGGGAGACAGACCCACAGAACCUACAGAACACACUACGACAAGUACAGCUGCUUCAGGAUGAGCUGGCAGAGCGCUCGGUGCAGCUGGAGAAGGUGAAGAGGGCAGGAAGAGAUCUGGUCAGCACAGAUGAAUCUCCUUCCCUGAAAGCUGUUGACAUCCUGUGUGCUGCAGAUGGCUUGGAGAAGAGAUUCGACUCCCUUUCCACAUCUGUCUCAGAACGGGCCGAGCAGCUGCAGACAGCUGUGGCCCAAUCUGUCAGCGUCCAGGAGGGCCUCAAGGGUCUGCUGAGCUGGUUGGACAAACUGGCUCUGAGCCCUGGUCCAAUUGAACCCACUGCACAGGCAGUACAGGAUGCCCUUACUCAGAACCAGAAACUUCGGCAGGAAUUACUCUCCCGGCAGGGCAGUGUGGACGCAACACGAGACUCUGUUUCCAAACUGCUUCACACCUCAGACGCCUCCACAGCUUCAGGCCUUCAGGGGAGUUUAGAAGAUCUGACUCAGCGCUUCACUGCAGCACAGGCCAGCCAGGCUGAGAGGGAAGCUGAGCUUAAAGGGCUGCUGCCCAAGCUGGAGAGCUACGAGCGGCUGUGGUCAGACCUCCAGGUCUUCACCCAGAGCCGAGUGAAGGCUCUGAGUCCUGUCGGUCAACCGGACCGCAGCGUGGACGACUACAGGCAAACCAUUGAGGAGGUCCGAUCGGAGCUGGAACAGGAAGCCGGGCAGCUGAAAUCCUUCUGCAACCUUGGCACCGAGCUCAGCCAAUCAAAAGCCUUCAGUAACACUCAAAGCUUAUUGGACAAUGUCAAAGGGGUGACUGAUGAAUUCAACCAACUGGAAGAAAAUGUAAACGAAAGGUUUGCUGCCAUUCAGGCCUGCGAGCAACAGCUGCUCCAGUUCCGCGGCCUCUCCGGCUCCCUCGUCAGGUGGCUUCAGACAGCACAGGACCAGCUGCCCUCCAAAGAGGCCAACCUCAACACCGAGGGCCUGCAGAGGAGAGUUCAGCAGCUUAAGGACUUGUUGAACGACUGGGAGUCGCAGGGAUCCCGAGUUCAAGAGCUGAACAAGACGGGCUCGGAGCUGGAAUCGCUCAUCAUCGAUAUCACCGCUCCUCAGACCAAAACGGGUGCUCCUCACAUCAAUGGCUCAGCAGGUCCCAGCAGUGUCAAUGGCAUUCACACCUGUAAAGAUCUGACAGAGCUCCAGGUAGCAGUGUCUGAUGUGAACAGUCGAUAUGACGCUUUGGGCGGGGAGUUAAAGGAGCGUCUUGGUCAGCAGCAGGCCUCGCUGGAGUUGAGGCAGAAGGCCAGGCAGGGCACAGAAGAGCUCAAGAGCUGGCUGACAGACAGAGAGCAAAGCCUGAAACAGGCACAGACCGCCUCUCCCUCCAAACCGGAGGUGGUACGAGCUCAGGCCCAGGAGAACAAGGCCCUGCUGUCAGAAUUGGCCGAGCACUCGGGAAAGGUGGAGGAGCUGAAGAGCACGCUGAGGAAACUGAUUGCUGAAAACCCCGAUUCACCAGAAGCAGACACCUGGAGACAACAGCUGCAAGAGAUAGACUCCCGCUGGCAAACGGCUAAUCAGACCGCGGCUCAGAGGCAGACUGAGCUCGAGACGUGCGCUGAUAGGCUGGGCAGCUUCGCCUCAGCGGCUAAUCAGCUGGGUCCUUGGCUGAGGGAGAAGGAGCUGAUGAUGAGCGUUCUGGGACCCCUGAGCAUCGACCCCAACAUGCUCAACACUCAGAAACAACAAGUACAGUUCAUGCUGCGGGAGUUUGAGACGCGGCGGCCACAGUUUGACCAGCUGACUCAGUCAGCUGAGGGCAUCCUCUCCCAGACCGGUGACUCUGCUCAGGACCCCAAGGACCUGGCAGAGGUGCGUUCUGAACUGGGCUCCAUCUCCCAGCAGUGGGAGGACCUAACGAGCAAACUGACACAGAGGUCAAACCACAUCGAUCAGGCCCAAGGAACCAGCGAACGGUACCAGGCCUUGCUCCGAGAGCUUUCUUCCAGUCUCUCUGCUCUGAGUGAGAGGUUAGAUGCUCAGGCCUCACUGAGCGCUCAACCCGAGGCACUGAAACGCCGCCUGCAGGAAACCGGAGAGAUCCGAUCUGAGCUGGAGAGAAGGCGGACCGAGGUUGCCGAGGCGGAGAAACUCUGUCAGGAGCUGAGCGCCAUCGUGGCUGAACCCUACCUGAAAGAAGAGCUGAGCAAACGACUGGAGAGUGUCAGCGGGCCGCUCAAGAGUUUGGAGGAGCGUGCAGCUGACGGUCUGUCUCAGCUCCAGGCUGCCCUGUCGUCCACCCAGCAGUUCCAGCAGAUGUUUGAGGAGUUGCGCUCCUGGCUUGACAAGCAGACAGAUCCUAGAGAAUCAUCAACCGUCGCCCUGCCCUGUCAGCCGGAGGCCAUUCGCUCCCUGCUGGCAGAGACAGAUGAGCUCCAGCGUGGGCUUGCCAGUCAGCGAGGCUCCUACGAGCUGAUCCAGGCUGAGGGAGCGUCGCUCCUCGCCACUCUACCAGCAGACGAGCGCUCAGCCCUGCAGGCCCGUCUGACCUCCUUGAGACAGGACUGGGAGGGCCUGAACCACAGGAUCUCAGACCGGGAAGCAAAACUGAAAAACACUCUGAACAAAGCAGAAACUUACCAGCAGCACAAGGCUGAGUUGAUACCGUGGUUAGCAGACUGCGAAGGGAAAGAAAAAGAGCUACAACCAUCACUUGACUCAUCUGCCCUGGAUGAAGCCUUGCAGAAAGCACGAAAUCUGUCCCUGGACAUCGAGAGACGACAACCUCUACUUGAAGCCUUUAAUGCUGCAUCUGAUCAGUUACUGGAGCAGUGCUGCAUCGGGGAGGAAGAGGUACGUGAUGAGAAGGCUCAGCUGAACCGCAGGGUAGAUGGACUGGGCGAAAGCCUCCAUAAUCGCACAGCUCAGCUGGAGGAGCUGGCCAGCCGCCUGAAGGAGUUUGAAGAAGGUAGACAGGCAGUGGAGAGGAGACUGGAGGCUGCCAAGCACCAAAUCGAGGUUCAGGAGGCUCUAGGACCUCAGGCAUGCAGUGCCAAAAGCCUGGAGAGGUUGAGAAGUCAGCAGGAGAGUUUGAGAUCCUUGCAGCCUCAGGUGGUCUACCUGAGAGACCUGGCUCAGGGGCUGGUGCAGGAUGCACCCCAGACACCAGGAGGCAGCACAGAGGGAACACGGAGACUCCAGGAGCAGGCCAAAGAUGCAGAGAAAGAGUAUGAAGAUGUUACUGACAAGAUCGAGCAGUGCUGUUCCUCCCUGGAGUCACGGCUGCAGGGCGUCGGCGAGGUCCAGGCUCACGUGCGGGACGUCUUCUCACGUCUCGCCGACCUUGAUGAUGAACUGGACUCCUUCAGUCCCGUUGGACGCGACGCGGACUCCUUGGCCUCUCAGGCCGACGCCCUGAAGGGCUUCCUCUCCCGUCUGGCCAACCUCAGGACUGAGCUGGAGGGCCACGCGUCAGAGUGUACCACCAUGCUGCGGCGCGAAGGCUCCUCUCCCGACCUCCUCGCACUCAGGAGGGAGACGGAGGCUUUGAGCCGCCAGGCCGGCAAGCUGAGUGAACGCGGCCAGGCCAGGUUGGACCAAAUCGAGGAUGCUGCGGACCGUGUUCGUGAUUUCUACAGGCUGGUGGCUGAGCUGCAAGGCCUGCUGGGAAGAGCAGAAGAGAAUCUGAAUGCGCAGGGCCUGGUUGGCACAGAGGUGGAGAUGAUUAAGCAGCAGCUGCAGGAGUUCAAGGCUGUGGAGAGAGAGCAGGUAGACAGCAUUCAGCCAAAGCUGCAGCACGUCAACGCAGUGGGUCAGGGUCUCAUCCAGAGCGCCGCCAAACACACCGACACCCAGGCGCUGGAGCACGACCUGGAGACCACCAACCUCCAAUGGAACUCACUAAACAAGCGGGUGGCAGAGCGGAUCGCCCAGCUGCAGGAGGCCCUGCUGCAUUGUGGGAAAUUCCAGGAUGCUCUGGAGCCGUUGCUCAGCUGGCUGAGCGACACAGAGGAGCUGGUAGCGAAUCAGAAGCCUCCAUCGGCCGAGUACCGCGUGGUCAAGGCCCAGAUCCAAGAGCAAAAGCUCCUCCAGAGAUUGUUAGAUGACCGCAGGCCGACAGUGGAAAUGAUCCAGGCUGAAGGAGAGAGGAUUGCAGCCACAGCAGACACUCAGGACCGAGAGAAGAUCCAGACCCAGCUGCAGAGUCUAGCAGAGAGAUGGUCUGACCUGCUGGACAAGGCCAGCGGCAGACAAAGGCAGUUGGAGGAGCUGCAGGUUUUGGCUCUUCAGUUCCACGAAGCCCUCGAGCCACUCGGGGAAUGGCUGAGCACCACGGAGAGACGCCUAAGCUCUGCUGAGCCUAUGGGAACCCAGACGGCAAAGAUCACCCAGCAGAUCAUCAAACACAAGGCGCUCCAAGAUGACGUGUCUUCCCGAGAAGCCGAGGUUGACCACCUCGAGUCGCUGAGCCAAUCGCUGAGCCCGCUCAGCUGCGCGGCUGAUCGCGAUUGGUUAAGCGAACGCGUGGGAUCGGUGAGGUCUGGUCACUCAGAGCUUGCUGAUUGGUGCUCCAGGCGGGCGGGCCUGCUGGAGCAGGCACUGGCCAACGCUCAGCUGUUUGGGGAGGACGAGGUAGAGGUGCUGAACUGGCUGGCGGAGGUGGCUCAGAGACUGACUCAGGUCUCUGUACAGAGCUAUCAGCUCCAGGUGCUGGCCGAGCAGCACAAACACACUCUGGCUCUGAAUGAAGAGAUCUUGAGCAGGAAGAAAACCGUGGACCAGGCCAUCAAGAAUGGACAAGCUCUACUCAAACAGACCACAGGUGAGGAGGUCCUCCUGAUCCAGGAGAAGCUCGACGGCAUCAAGUCUCGUUACGCCGAGAUGACGGCCGGCAGCAGUAAAGCCCUCCGGACCCUGGAGCAGGCCCUGCAGCUGUCCACGCGAUUCGCCAGCGCCCACGACGACCUCAACCAGUGGCUGGACGGUGUGGAGACGGAGCUCAACACUGUCGAGCCCGACGCCUCACCCGCCUACCAGGAUAGACAAAAGGAGUUGAAGAAAGUGUCAGCAGAGAAGCGUCUGGUGUUGGAUACAGUGAACGAGGUGGGCAGCGCUCUGCUGGAUUUAGUGCCUUGGCGAGCCCGAGAAGGCCUGGACCGCCUCGUCGCAGACGCCAACCAGCGCUACCGACAGGCUGAUGAAACCAUCACUCAGCGGGUGCAACUGGUACAAGCUGCCAUCCAGAGGUCUCAGCAGUAUGAAGAGGCCGUGGAUGCAGAGCUGGCCUGGGUUGGGGAGACGGAGCGCAAACUGGCAUCUCUGGGGCCCCUGAGUCUGGAGCCUGACGUGACCGUGGCCCAACUGCAAGUGCAGAGGGCAUUCAACAUUGACAUCAUCCGACACAAAGACACAGUAGAUCAGCUCCUCAGCACCAGAGACGACAUCUUAGAAGCAUGCAGUGACGCUCAGAAGGAUGCACUCAUGCUCAAGACGGGCUCUUUGAGCGCUCGUUAUGAUGCAGUGAGUCAGAGCCACAGCGAGCGGUUCUCAGCUCUGGAGCAGGCUCAGGUUCUUGUGGCUCGGUUCUGGGAAACCUAUGAGGAACUGGAGCCGUGGCUGGGUGAAACUGAAACCCUCAUCGCCCAGCUUCCACCACCAGCUAUUGACACAGAUGCUCUCCGCCUGCAGCAGGACCAGAUGAGACUGCUCAGGGAGUCCAUAGCAGAACACAAGCCGCACAUCGACAAGCUGCUGAAAAUCGGACCUCAGCUGGCCGAGCUCAGCCUGCAGGAGGGUGCGACUGUGACGCAGCGCUACGCAGAUGCCGAGAAACGGUACCAGGCCAUCAAAGAGGAGGUCAAAGGUCGAGCUACAGCACUAGAUGAGGCGGUGUCCCAGUCUGCACAGCUGGUAGAGUUUCACGACAAGAUGGACCCACUGUUGGAGACUCUGGAGGGGGCGGUGCAGCGGCUUCGGCAGCCUCCCCCUGUGGCUGCAGAGGUGGAGAAGAUUAGGGAGCAGCUGGCAGAGCACCGAGCCCAAGGACUGGAGCUGGACAAACUGCUGCCAAGCUUCUCCGCCCUCUGCGCCCGCGGAGAGGAGCUCAUCGGCCGAGCGGCUCAUGACGACCCUGCUGCUCAGGCUGUCCGUUCCCGCCUCCUCCGCCUGCGCUCUCUAUGGGAUGAGAUCCGGCAGCGUGCUGAAGAGAGAGAGGGGAAACUCAAUGAUGUCUUGGACCUGGCUGGGAAAUUCUGGGCCGACGUGGCGGCGCUACUGAGCACGCUCCGAGACUCCCAAGAUAUCGUGAAAGACCUGGAGGAUCCUGGAGUGGACCCAUCGCUCAUUAAACAACAGAUUGAGGCUGCUGAGGCCAUCAAGGCAGAGACGGACGGCCUGAGGGAAGAGCUGGAGUUUGUCAGGACCCUCGGAGCUGACCUCAUCUUCGCUUGUGGAGAAACUGAGAAGCCUGAAGUCAAAAAGACCAUAGAUGAGAUGAAUGCUGCUUGGGAGGGUCUGAACCGAACAUGGAGAGAGAGGAUGGAGAGACUGGAGGAAGCCAUGACUGCCUCAGUUCAGUAUCAGGAUGCACUGCAGUCCAUGUUUGACUAUCUGGACAACGCAGUGAUCAAGCUGUGUGAAAUGUCAACUGUGGGAACUGACCUGGGAACUGUCAAACAACAGAUUGAGGAGCUUAAGCAGUACAAGGUGGAGGUUUACCAGCAGCAGAUUGAUAUGGAGAAGCUGAGCCACCAGGGGGAGCUGCUGUUAAAGAAAGUGUCAGACCAGACAGACAGAGACAUGAUCCAGGAGCCGCUGACCGAGCUCCGACACCUGUGGGAAAACCUGGGGGAUAAAAUCACCCAACGACAGCACAAACUGGAGGCUGCCCUGCUGGCUCUGGGUCAGUUCCAGCAUGCCUUGUCCGAGCUGCAGGCCUGGCUGACCCACACACACACCACUCUGGACACACAGCGACCCAUCAGCUCUGACCCCAAGGCCAUCGAAAUUGAGCUGGCUAAACACCAUGUUUUACGUAAUGAUGUGCUGUCCCAUCAUGCCACAGUGGACACUGUGAACAACGCUGCCGCUGAGCUGCUGGAGUCCUCUCCUGGCGAUGAGGCGGGCAACCUGAGGGAUCAGCUCGAUCAGCUCAACCAGAGCUGGGAGAGUCUGCUGCUCAAAACCCAGGAGCGGCAAAAACUGCUGGAGGCCGCCCUGCAGCAGGCUGAAGGUUUCCAUGGGGAGUUGGAGGAGUUCCUCCAGUGGCUGAGGAGGACCGAGAGCCAGCUGUCUGCCGCCAAGCCAACAGGCGGUCUCCCUGAAACCGCCAGGGAGCAGUUACAGCAACACAUGGAGCUCCAAGCCCAGGUGACUCAACGGGCAGAGCAGUACAAUCGCCUGCUGGAUCAGGGAGAGUCCAUGCUGCUGGCUCGCGGAGGAGAAGAAGCAGGACCUGGUACCACCCAGACCCAGCAGAACCUGGCCAUGCUGCAGAACAAGUGGGGCAGCCUCAACACCAAGAUGGACGACCGCAGGGCAAAACUGGACGAGGCCGUUUCUUUGGCCACGGGUUUUCAGACUUCUCUGCAGGACACCAUCAACUGGCUGACCCAGGCUGAACAGACCCUGAACAUGGCCCAGCCCCCCAGCCUCAUACUGGACACCGUCCUCUUCCAGAUUGAUGAGCACAAGGUCUUUGUCAAUGAGGUGAACACCCACAGAGAGCAGGUCCUGGCUCUGGAGAAGGCCGGCUCUCAGCUUCGCUUUGCCAGCCUGAAGCAGGACGUGGUUCUUAUCAAGAACCUGCUGCUCAGCGUCCAGGCCCGCUGGGACAAGCUGGUCCAGAGGUCACUGGACCGAGGCCGACACCUGGAUGAGGCCCGCAAAAGAGCCAAACAGUUCCACGAGGCCUGGAGGAAGCUGACAGACUGGCUAGAAGAAGCCGAGAAAAGACUGGACUCAGAGCUGGAGAUCUCCAACGAGCCGGAUAAGAUCAAAGUACAGCUGACAAAACACAAGGAGUUUCAGAAAGCACUGGGAUCAAAACAGCCCGUCUACGACACCACGGUGAGGUCGGGGAAGGCCAUGAGGGACAAAGCUCAGCUGCCUGCAGACACGCAGAAACUGGAUAACCUUUUGGGAGAAGUUCGUGACAAAUGGGACACCGUCUGCGGCAAGAGCGUGGAGAGACAACACAAGCUGGAGGAGGCUCUGCUGUUCUCUGGUCAGUUUGCUGAAGCUCUUCAGGCUUUGGUGGACUGGCUGUACCGAGUGGAGCCUCAGCUAGCAGAAGACCAGCCCGUCCACGGGGACCUGGAUUUGGUGUCCAACCUCAUGGACUCGCAUAAGGCUUUCCAAAAAGAACUGGGGAAGAGAACCAGCAGCGUUCAGGCUCUGAAGCGUUCGGCCCGUGACCUGAUGGAGACCGGCCGCGAUGACACAGCGUGGGUCAAAGUUCAGCUUCAGGAGCUCAGCAACCGCUGGGACACAGUCUGCGCCCUAUCAGUCACCAAGCAGACGCGCCUGCAGCAGGCGCUCAAACAGGCGGAGGAGUUUCGCACAGCGGUGCAGCUGCUCCUGGAGUGGCUCUCAGAGGCGGAGCAGACGCUUCGUUUCCGCGGUGUCCUCCCCGAAGAGGCGGAGACUCUGCAGGCGCUGCUGCACACACACCGGGACUUCAUGGGCACAGUGGAGGAGAAGAGGACUGACGUGAACAAGGCUGCUGGCAUGGGAGAGGGCAUCCUGACCGUGUGUCACCCCGACUCCAUCACCACCAUCAAACACUGGAUCACUAUCAUCAGGGCACGCUUUGAGGAGGUGCUGACUUGGGCUAAACAGCACGAGCAGCGGCUGGAAACGGCCCUCACCGAAGUGCUCAACAAUGCCAACCUGCUGGAGGAGCUCCUGUCAUGGCUACAGUGGGCUGAGACCACACUGGUCCAAAGAGACACAGAGCCACUGCCACAGGACAUCCCACAACUCAAAAACCUCAUCACAGAGCAUCAGAUGUUUAUGGAGGAGAUGACGAGGAAGCAGCCGGAUGUCGACAAAGUGACAAAAACCUACAAAAGAAAGCCAGCCGAGCCUCCCAGCAGCCUGGCGGAGAGGAGAGGCGCUCGAAAACACCAGCAGCAGCAGCAACAGCAGCAGGCAGCCAUGCAGGUUUCUGGGGGAAACCCACGACUCAACCAGCUGUGUGCCAGGUGGCAGCAGGUGUGGCUGCUAGCUCUCGACCGGCAGCGCAAACUCAAUGAUGCUCUGGACAGGCUGGAGGAGCUCAAGGAGUUUGCCAACUUUGACUUUGACGUGUGGAGGAAGAAGUACAUGCGCUGGAUGAACCACAAGAAGUCCCGCGUCAUGGAUUUCUUCAGACGCAUCGACAAAGACCAGGAUGGAAAGAUCACACGGCAGGAGUUCAUCGACGGCAUCUUGGCCUCGAAAUUUCCAACCAGUAAGCUGGAGAUGACGGCCGUGGCAGACAUCUUUGACAGGGAUGGAGACGGUUACAUAGACUACUACGAGUUUGUUGCUGCUCUGCACCCCAACAAGGAUGCCUACAGGCCGACCACUGACGCCGAUAAGAUCGAGGAUGAGGUGACGCGGCAGGUAGCCCAGUGUAAAUGUGCCAAGAGGUUCCAGGUGGAGCAGAUAGGCGAGAACAAAUACCGGUUCUUCCUCGGAAACCAGUUUGGAGACUCUCAGCAGCUGCGUUUGGUGAGGAUUUUGCGCAGCACGGUGAUGGUGAGAGUCGGAGGAGGCUGGAUGGCUCUAGACGAGUUUCUGGUCAAGAACGAUCCAUGCAGAGUGCAACAUCCAGGAAUAAAGAUUCUCCGCUCCGAUUCGAGUAGCUCCAUCUCAUCUCGUAUAGCUCGAGGUCGCACCAACCUGGAGCUAAGGGAGAAGUUCAUCCUUCCUGAAGGAGCGUCUCAGGGUCUGGCCGCCUUCCGGUCCCGGGGCCGUCGCUCCAAGCCGGGCUCUCGGAACGCCUCGCCCACCCGCUCCUCUUCCUCGGCCUCCCACAGCGGCGCUUCCCUCCCCUCUGCUCCCUCUGCCCCGGCCACCCCGACGGCCUCUGCAUCAUCCAGGUCGUCCCAUACUCACUCGCGUGACUAUGCCAAGCCCUGGCUGGCACACAGUAAAACUCCAACGCCAACCAAGUGCCACUGCUGCCCAGAUCUCGGUCACAGCCACACCACUCCUGGGCACGAGGGGGCGCCAUCUGGGUCCAAGUUAAAGAGACCGACCUUCCACUCGAGCCGAGGCUCGCUAACCGGGGAGAACGGUGGAACGACGCACACCAGCAAACCAUCGCGGACGGAUCCCAAGCGAGGGGGGUCCACAGCCAGCGGUCCCACCAGCCGAGCCGGCAGCCGAGCCGGCAGCAGGGCCAGCAGUCGCCGUGGCAGCGAUGCCUCAGAUGCAUCAGAGCUCCAGGACGCUCGGUCCGUCUGCUCCGACACUUCAGAUACCCCCCGACGACCGGGCAGUGGGGCCAAACCCUCCAAGAUCCCCACCAUCUCCAAGAAGACCCCCAGCCCAAAAACCCCGGGGUCUGCGAAGAAAUAAACCCACCCACCCACAGAGAAACUGGAGGAACUCGCAGUGGGUGGGCCACUAUUAUCUGCCAUUUUGGGUGUACCAGCGUCACUCUGAGCAUCCAUCCAUAGGGCUUGUCUAGAAUGUGUGCACUAUGACUGAUACUUUCCAGGAGAAAGGAGGAGGUGGAUGAGCUGAGUGAAUCUCCGUCUCGUUCUUUCCCCAGCCGACUGAAAACCUGCACAAGAGGAGAAGAUUCUGGUCUGGCGGUCUCAGGCCAGAGUCUGUGGGGUGAAAAAAAAAAGACUGUUCCCCUUUAAGAAGCGACCCCAGUUUGCCUUCCAGUCUCCUGCUUCGUCUUUCAGAAGUUCCCCACCAGCGAGGAACCAAACACAGACCGACCCGAUGUGAUGCUGCCUUACUUUGUGUUACAAACUCCUGUCCCGAUCAGACACACAAACACACAUUUUAACACAGAGCCGGUGCAGGGAGUGGGACAUGCCGCCACCGCCGCCGCCACGGCUACAAAAACAAAAAAAGCUCAAGUGGCAUUCAGGAAAAAAAAAAAAGAAAAAAAGAAGGAAUUUGUGGGUUAUUAUUUUGGCUUGUGGGCCAGAUGCCUCAGCGAUGAGUUAAAAAAGAAAAUAUGCAACGACUGCCAUGUCGCUUCCCCUGCGUUGGUUGGCGAGAAAAAGAGUCACCUCAGCAGAUCUACGGAGGCGGGAAACGCUGUCUGGCUCCCACAGCGGCCAACCUCAGACUCGGAGGAUCGGCGGUGGCGCUGCUGCAGCUGAGGGCAAACUCUCACACACUCAAACGCCGCAGAGCCGACUCCUCCCGACCGCUGGAACGUUAAGACGGGCCUCGCGGGUGUGCGUCUCGGCGGUUUUGUCACAUGUCUGCGUAACAAUCCGACACACACACACAGAAAAAGAAAUCACAAACUGGCAAUAGAGAGGACUAUUUUUACGUCGACACACUCAACUAACAGCACAUUACUGACAAUACACGACAUGCGUAACCCGACGUAAACGAGCGCGUUCGCAGAGUCCGACAACCAGCAUGCACUAAUUGUCUCUUCCUCUGCAGCCCAGCAGCACAUACGCGCACUCUCAAACUCAAAAGGUGUGUGCGCGUGUGUGUGAAUCGCGUGUCUUUCUUACAGGAAAGAAUAAAGGUCAAUGACUUGAGUCACUGUAUGCAAACGUUUAAUUUGCGAAUGUCUUUUUGUUUUUUUUCUUCUCGUUGUUUUCUGGUUAAUUUAUAAUCCAGUUUUGUUUUCUAGCUUGAGAGAAAGAUCUAUUUAUUUUUCACGUCAUAUCACCGUUGGCAGAGAGUGAUUUAGUAUUAUGGUGAAAGUUUUUUUUUCUUUUUUUUUUUGUACCGAGAAGAUGCCCACUCCGCUGUUUCGACGUGAUCUGUGUGUAAAGUGUGUUUCUACUCUGUUGUAACAUGACAUCAUUCACUAGGUCGCUGAUUCUAGUGGCAGCCUUUUUGUUACAUUUUCUUUAAUGCUAAUGACUACAGUUUUCCUGACCACGACCAAAGGGGGUUGCCCUUCAUGUGUAGAGAGAACUACAAAUAUGAAUGACAGGGGACCUGGGCUGAGCGGACCAAUGAGAGCGGGCGUCCUCCCUCGUGUCCCUCCCCAGCGUCUCUUCUUCUAGGCUUUUUUUUUUUUUUUCCAAAUGCUCCGUCUUUAGCGGGGCUCGAGUUUGUCUCUGUGUUAUCUCGGUGUAAGAGAUGAAGUUUAUGAAAACUAAUGAAUUUACAAUAAGAAAGAAGAAGAAGACAUCUUAAGGUGAUUUUUAUUUAUUUAUUGUCUCUCUGAGGGGGGAGGGAGGGAUCGGGAGACGAGUCCACCACCUUUUGAUGCUGUGUUACUCUGUGUGAUAAGAACAUGGAGGGAGGGGAGGGGUGUUACUACGAGUCACUUGUGUAAAAUUAAAACAAAAAAAAAAACUAAAAUUAUAAACAAUUUUUUUGUUCUGUUUUUGUAUUAAAAUUAUGCUUGCA